UGGUGAAGGGCUGAAGCAGAGACAUACCAAAUUUUUCCUGAAGAGUCCAGAUGGCUUCCACCACUUGCCUUACCCUCCCCUCUGGGAAGCGGAUGCCUCAGCUUGGCCUGGGGACGUGGCUGUCUCCUGACGGUCUUGUUCAAGAAGCCAUCAAAGUGGCAAUUGAUAAUGGCUAUCGGCACAUUGACUGUGCUUAUUUUUAUGGCAACGAGGGACCAAUCGGUGAAGGUCUUGAGAAGGUCCUGAAGGAGGGUCGAGUGAAGAGGGAAGAUCUUUUCAUUGUUAGCAAGCUGUGGAACAGCUACCAUGCUCCCGAAGAUGUGAAGCCAGCUUGCAUGGAAACCCUGAGGCUGCUACGACUAGAUUAUCUGAAUCUAUACCUAAUGCACUCCCCAAUGGGCAUCAAGAACGUCAAGGGGGACCUUUUGCCACAGAAGGACGGCAAAGUGCUGCACAGUGAUGUCGAUUACAUGGACACGUGGAAGGCUAUGGAGAAGCUGGUGGAUGAAGGCCUGGUGAAAAGCAUUGGGGUGGCCAACUUUAACCAGUGUCAGCUGGAGAGGCUGCUCUCUGAAGCACGUAUUAAGCCCGAUGUCUGUCAGCUGGAGCGGCAUAUUUACCAGACCCAGAAGAAGAUGAUUGCCUUCGUCAAGUCCAAAGGGAUGGCCUUCACAGGAUAUAGCCCCCUGACAUCCCCAAAGCGUCCUUUCCCUCCAGGUAAACUGGAUCCCAAGAAUGGCAUGGAAGACCCAGUGGUGAAGGAAAUUGCUAAGAAGCAUGGGAAAUCUCCUGCUCAGAUUCUGAUCCGCUUUAAUAUACAAGCUGGCAUAGCCACUAUUCCAAAGAGUGAAACACCUGCUCACAUCAUUGAGAACUCCAAGGUCUUUGACUUCUGUCUCACAGAUGAUGAGGUUAAAAAGCUGGAAUCUCUCCAUUGUGGGGCAAGGGCUGUUGCCUGGGACAUCGUGGGGAUGGGCGAGCAUAAGUACUACCCUUUCAAGACUCAGUAAUUCUGCAAGUGAUGCCAUGCUUUCCCACAAUCUUGAAGUUGGGGAAAUAGUCGAAUCAGCUUUUUGCAUUUCAUAUCUAGCUCAGCCAAGUUAAUUUUGCUAGCGCAGUACCUCCUGAUCUUCUCUGGGUGACAGAACAGCAGCAAAAGAAACAUCAGUGGUCAGUGAUGAAAGGGUUUGUGUCUCCAGGGAGAUUUGGAAGGGGAUCAGAUACACAUCCAGCAGUCACUUGAUCCUGAUACCUGCCAGUGAUUAACCGCUCCAUCCUCUAAUCCAUCCACACAGAACUGCAAAGCAAGGAGUGGCACCAACCCCACUGGGAACUCUGCAGUGUUGAGGCCAGCGUGUCCCUGAGAAAGAGGAACCUCCCCUUGGGACAUUUCUUGCACCUGCAAUUUAGCAGCAAAAUGCCACAUUAAAAGCAGGAGGAAGCAGCUAAGCAGGCACAACUAGAGCAAUGUACAUUCAGGAAGUGCAAGUUGAAUUGUAAAAGAUAGGUUUUAUACACAAGCUGAGCUUGCUUUUAUUUUUUUAAGGGCAAUGGCAUUUUUAUAUGAUGGUGAGAAAUGCUCUGCGAGUUUAUCUGGGAAUGCUCUGCAAGUUUAUCUGGGAAUGCUCCUUCCGCUUGUCUUAAUAAAACAGCUACA